CAUAUUGUACAAAGACUUUUCAGAUGAAUAACGACAAUGGCUUCGGAUGGAAACGGUUGUGUAAAAGAUUCAUCAACGGAAGAAUCACAUCCAUUUGGUGUUGAUGACAUUUUGACAGAGAUUGGAGAGUUUGGAAAAUUUCAACGUUUAAUUUAUAUUAUUAUUUUUCUUGUGGUAAUAUUUAAUGCAGUGAUAUCAGUUGGAUUUGCUUUUACUGCGAGUACAGUUACUUAUAGAUGUCGAGUUCCAGAAUGCGAUGGAUCGGAAAAUUUGUACGAAAAACCAUGGACAGAUUUUUCGAUACCCAAAACUGUAGCCGGUAGGAUUGAUAGCUGCCAACGGUACAAGUCUUUCAAUUCCUCCAAAGAUGGCCAGCAAUAUUGCACUGCAGAAAACUAUGAUCAAGAACUCCAAACAGAUUGUGGUCAUGAUUUCAUUUUCCGGGAUGAAGAAGUUACCAUUUCUAACGAUUUUAAAAUCUUUUGUUCAGAUGAAUGGAAGCUUGCAAUGGUUGGAACCAUAAAUAAUUUGGGACAAUUUAUUGGAAUACCUUUGGGUGGACUUAUUUCUGACAGAUACGGCCGACGUUUGGUCAUAGUGUUGGGAACUCUUAUAAGUGCCGUUUUGGGUACAGCACGUUCUUUUUCACCAAACUACACUAUUUUUCUUAUCUUGGGAUUUCUUGACAACUUAUUCGGAUCGAAUCUCUACGCAACCGUUUUCAUUCUUGGCCUUGAAAUUGUUGGUCCAAAAGCUCGAGUACCUGCUUGUACAUUGAUAUCAAUGUGUGGUGGCAUUGGAGGAUUUCUACUAGCAGUUGUAGCGAAACAAUUUCAUGAUUGGCGUUUAAUUGAACGAGCAUUUUAUGUUCCUGCUUUAGGAUUCAUAGUUUUGCCAUGGAUACUUCCAGAGAGUUUCCGAUGGCUACUAUCCCAAGGCGAAGAAGAAGAAGCUGUACAAACUCUCCAAAAACUGGCAAAAGUUAACAAUCGUAAACUGUCAGAAUCCAGUAUUCAAAAGUUACUUGAAGCAAAUCGACAAAAUGUACCAGAUGAUAAAACAGAAGAAAAUAGCUCUCAACUUGUUGAUGCUUUUAAGAUCUUCCCUUGGAGAAUUUUGAAUUGUUCAUUUUGUUGGUUUACAAAUGUUAUGGUCUUUUUUGGUCUCAAUUUGAAUUCGGCUUUUCUUGGUGGAGAUAAGUAUAACAGUUUUAUGUGUGUUACUUUGAUUGAACUUCCAGGAAUGAUUUUGCCAUUUUUAACAAUGAAUCGAUUUGGUAGAAGAUAUUCUUUGUUUGGAUUUAUGUUUUUGAGUGGAGCUUUUAUUACAGCUAUGAGUUAUGUCAGUGCAGAAUAUGUGACUCUUCAACUUGUAUUGUAUCUUUUUGGAAAAAUGGCUAUUUCGGCAUCAUUUCAAACUUUGUAUUUCUUUACAUCAGAAGUAUUUCCAACGAGUGUUCGAAAUAGUUUGUUGUCAUUUUGUUCAAUGGUUGGACGGUUUGGUUCAAUGGUGGCGCCACAAACUCCACUUAUGGCAAAAUACUAUGCAUCAGCACCGGCACUUCUGUUUGCAAGUUGUUCCCUCUUAUCGGGCUCUUUGGCUUUGUUCCUUCCAGAGACAAAAGGCAUGAUUUUGCCAUCCACUUUAAAGGAUGCCAUUGGACAAAAAGAAGUCGAUGUCGAACCAGAAACCGAAGAAAAACUGUUGGAAUCGAAAGUUUAAUUAAACUCAAAUUUUUGUUAAUUAUUCUUAUAUAACAUUCAGGUUCAAUGUACAAAUGCAAGAAUUCUCAAAUAAAAACGUCCUUAAAUAAGUCA